GUAGUCCCGUUUCACUAUUCCUGUUUUCUACUCUUCUUCCAUCUUCUUCAUCUUUCGCCCGUGUGCUUCGUCCAUCAUCCCCUAACACGUAAAGCAAAGAGUAAGCUUUUGAAUCUCUCAUCCGAACGGUGCCUAAUUUCCUUAACUUCCAAGCUGCGACUUUGACGCCCCAAAUUUUCAAAUUGGGGGUAAAGACAAGAGCUUGCGGGUUGGUUUAUUUUAGCUACGAGUUUCUCGCAUUAGAACUGAGAUAAAUGGUUGAGGAAGGUAUGGAGAGGUGGGUAGAAAGCUGUGAGGAAGACAUGGAGAUAUUAAAUACCAGCAUUGUUGGCUAGGCUGCAUGAAUAUGGGUGACGACAUGGAGCAAGGCAAGGAAAAUAACGCAGAGUCUAUGAUAGAGCAGCUUGCUCAGGCAUUUCUUGAAUUGGAAGCUCGGAAGGGGGAUUCUGAGAAUAAGCUUCAGUGGCUUGAAAUUAAGCAACAUUUCCACGACCUUGAGAACGCGUUGAAAAAGAAAGUUGAAGAGCUGGAAGCUAAGGAGAAGGAGUAUGAAGCUAAACAAUUAGAGCUGGAUGCACUACUUGCUGAGAGGAAGGCAGCAGUUGCUUCAAAAGAGCAAGAUCUCUUAGAUCGGUUGCAGGAGCUUAAAGAUGCUGCUGUAGUGUCCAUUGUAGAGGCUCAUGCAAAUCACCAGAAUGCAACUCUGGAGUCUGUGUAUGAUGGGGAGAACAAAGAUAACAAGGUAAGCAGCUCUCUUGGCGAUGCAAAUUCCUCAGAGGAGGAUUUUCCUCAUAAGUCAUGUGAAAAAUCUGAUGGCAUGACUGUUGAAGUUAGGCCACAUCCUGAGCUGACACAUUUUUGUGAGCAAAUGGAUGCGAAGGGUCUUCUGAGUUAUAUAAUGGAGAAUAAAAAAAAUCUAUCUGUUAUUCGUGGAGAAAUUUCUGUUGCAUUAAAAAGUGCAACUGAUCCAGCACGUUUGGUGCUGGAUUUACUGGAGGGGUUUUACCCCACCAAUGAAACUAUCCAACUAAAAGAUAAAAUGGGUGCUGCCCUUCAGGGCAUGCGCAAAUCCUGUAUUAUAAUUUUGGAGGCCAUGGCCACCUUAUUGGCAAGGGCUGACCCAGGUGCAGAUCACCUUCUGAACCCUGAAACCAAGCAGCAAGCCAAAGCAAUUGCUGAUGAGUGGAGGCCCAAGUUAGCUAGAGCAGACACUGAUGCUGCCAAUGGAAAUUCAUUGGAAGCAGAGGCAUUCUUGCAGCUUAUUUCAACUUUUAGGAUUGCUUCAGAGUUUGAUGAAGAAGAACUCUGCAAGCUUGUACUUGCAGUUGCUCAGCUUAGGCAGGCACCUGAGCUCUGCCGCUCUAUUGGGUUAAUUCACAAAAUGCCAGUUGUUGUAGAAUCCUUAAUCAAUAAUGGGAAACAAAUUGCAGCCGUACAUUUUAUUCAUGCCUUCCAGCUACAAGAAAGCUUUGCCCCUGUACCCCUUCUGAAGUUAUACCUCAAGAACAGAAGGAGAAAUUCACAAGUAAAGACUGGAAACGUGCGUGAUAUUGCCAGUGCCAAGAAUGAUGCCAAUGCACAAGAGCUUGCAGCACUGAAAACUGUAAUUAAGUGUAUUGAAGAAUACAAGCUCGAAUCUGACUACCCCCUUGAUACACUUCGGAAAAGGGUUACUCAACUAGAGAAAUCAAAGGCAGAUAAAAAGAGAAGUGGAGACUUUAGUAAACGUCCACAAUCAAAGAGGCCGAGACCUAAUGAGAGAUAUUGCUCACUCCAUUCAUCUGUUGGUAGUGCUGCUUCAACUCUUGUUUUGGGUAGGCAGGUUCCUCCUCUUAGGGCAGCAUAUGCAGGCACUCCUGAUAGGUAUCCCCAUUCAGUUGCAAUAACAUAUGAUUAUCAAGUUCCUGGCCAAGCUAUAUACACUCAGCCAACUAAUGCCCCUCCUAAUUAUGGUCGUUAUAUGGGUACUAGUUUGCAUUCCUCGCACCAGCCAUACAUAUGAUUACAUCCAAGCGUUGCUGGAAAGACCAGAGACUUAUGAGCAAUCAACUCAUUAGUGUAUGUUUGGUUUUCUGUUGGGAUAGAACUUUAACGUACAUUUGCAAGAAGCAAAAAGUUAUUACUUUUGCAUUUUCAUGCUUAGGAAUUCAUAUUAAAGGAAAACCAAAUACACCCUUAGUGACUGUACCUGUGCAUUAAAUAUAUUGUUUUGGUUCUUUUUGAUAUGAUGCCGAAGGGCAGGUGUACGCUUACAUUUCUAUCCAAUGGUAACUUGUGUUAAAUAAAGUGCAUAUUACACGG